UGUGAAAGCUGUCACUUAAUUGUCGAUCGAGUUUACACAAUUAAACAAUUCAAAUUCAUUUUCACGGAUGUUUGACCAUGAAUCACAAUGGAGCUGAUGCUUCUGAAAGUCACGUCCAUCACGGUUCCCAUGGAUCCUCUGAUCCUAGUCCACCGAUUUCAGUUCACGAAGGAUACCAUUCGCCUGAGAUGUCGCAUCAUGGAGCUCAUGCGGAUACGAAGCACGGGGAUCACGGAGGAGAGGGACACGACAUGACCAUGUCGAUGUUUUUCCAUGCCGGCGAUACGGAGACCAUUCUGUUCAAGUUCUGGCAUACUAAGUCCGCUUUGGCUUUGAUUCUAUCCUGUCUGCUCAUUUUUCUGGUGGCCGUGCUUUAUGAGGCCUUGAAGUUCUUCAGAGAGUGGCUAUUUGCGUGGGACAGGAGAAGAUUGGCGGGUGGAAGGGAUCAGUAUGGUCAACCACGGCGGUACAGGGAGGCCAACUACAAUUACAACCAGCCGACAUAUCCGCCAAGGGCCAGCCAACAGUCUGGUACCCAGAUUUACGCCUACCGCCCAAGGUCGCCCUCGAUGCCACCACUUCAGCCCUCCGGACAUGGCAACCCUUCUCCGCCUGCUCAGUCCUCGGUUAUCUAUACACCACCCACCCACCAUCAUGUGCAACAGGAUCCCUCGGAAUCUGGCGAAACCUCGAGGCUACAGGUCUGGUGCUCCAGGAUGCACCUCCUGCAGACCUUUCUGCACGUCCUGCAGGUCUUCAUAUCCUUCCUGCUGAUGCUCGUCUUCAUGACCUUCAACGUGUGGCUCUGUGUGGCCGUUUUGCUGGGCGCUGGUGUUGGCUACUUCAUUUUCUUCGCCUACGGCACCCGCGUCCAUGACCACUGCAACUGAACAGCUGAAAUAGGACUAAGACGAGCUGUCUAGGACCUCUGCUAAUGUGCUUUUCUAAUUAAAGCAGGCUGUAAAAAUCA